GACGCACAGCGAACUCCUUUUGACGCCUCCUUUGUCGUUCUCAUGCCUGGCCAUGCACUGGACAUUGUUGAAGUUUCGCUACUGGCCCCAGCGGAGGUGGACGAUGCGCUUGCGGAAGUGCAAAUGCACAGGGAACCUCACCUCAGGUCUCGUUUCCCUCUCUUGGUGCCAAUUGAACCCCAGCUCUGUUUGGAGUUUGCCGUGCUGAUUGGGCUCCCUGCUUGGGCCGACAAUGUGCCAGUGGUCCUCUGUGACUGUCGCGCGUACAGCGGUAAGUUCUUUGCAGUGCCUAUAUCUCCUGCAAUGCGUCGGGAGGACCUGUUAGUGGUCGCUGGCCUAGGUAGUGGAGCGCAGGUCCAUGUCUACGUCAGCCGUGCUCAUUGGGCCCUCUCCCAAGGACAGGUGGUCCGCCUGCAAACGGGGGACCUCUUUGCUAUCGUUCCUUACGGCAGUUCCUUUGUCCACGGGCUGCCGCUUGAGGAUAUGCUGGCCAGCGCUGAUGAGUGGGAUGCCAGCUAUAUACCUGAGGACAGCGAGCCCCUGGGUUUCUGGGUCCUCUCAGACGUUGAGUCCUUUCGUAUGCCUGUGCCGGCGAAUUCUGGUGUUCUUUUGCGCACUGAGCUGGCCUCCCUGGUCGGACAAGAGCCUCACUUGCUGACUAUACGGGGCACUAUGCCGCACAUUUCUAAUUUUGCUGACCUCGGUUGCGGGUGCUGCGCUGUGCUGGUGGUCACUACCCUGGUUGUUCGUCCUACUAGCCGGCCUACGAUACAGGCCGUUGUCGUUUUUGACCUUCGUCCGCUCCUUAGGGGUCUGGAGUGGCAGGUUUGCCAUGGAGACAGUCUUCGCCUGCGACUGCUACUUGAUCGCUUUGCUAUUGGAUGCCCUCACGGGCUACGUCCUUAUAUUCAGGGCGGCACUCUCUUCUUUCGAGAAGGGGACCCUUGGAUCGCGGUCGCCGACGGACAAGUCCUGAUUGUGGAGUACUUGCCUCCGGGCUCGGCUGAUGGCUCUGCAGCUACGCCAACCAUGCAUGAUAGCAGCGACGAGGACUCCGAUCCGGAGGAUGAAGGCCCACCGUCUCCUCAUCAAGGAAGGCAAGAUCGUAGCAGGUCCCCGCGAAACGGGGCAGGUGCCCGCGUUUACAGCCCUGCUCGCGAGCCUGCUACAGCCUUUGAAGCUGCCGACCCAGCUCAUCUGAGCUCUGCCCCCGCGUCUUUCGCACCUUUUGGACCUUUCGCGCACUUUGUUUCUUCCCUGCUUGGUGCGGUUGGUCUCGGUUCCUUCAUGGUCCCUUGGCGGCUAGGCCUCCUGAGCCUACUGUGCAACGCUCAGCCCGGAAAAGCUAUGCAUCUUCGUCCGCACCCCGUUGGUGCGGAGCCCGUCUUGCACGCCACAGGCGCAGUUGAUCUCAAUUGGGUUUCUGGUAGAGUUGAAAUGUGGGCUGGUCGUGAUGACCUAGACGUCCUUCCAGCAGGACAGCGCCAGUUCACCCCUUUCCUCCCAGCCCACAGUGGAUCACCUCAGGUUUUUGGUAGCGUGCGGGUUGGAUACCGGCCUCACAUACCCACUCCAUGUCGUAACCUUGUGCUGGACCCCUUGCUUGAGGUCCGGCACUAUUGUUCGCACACUCGUCUGCAAACGCUGCUGGAAGAGAGUGUUGAAAGGUCGCUUGGCGAGGUUUUCUUCGAGGCUGCAGCCCUUCUUCUUACACUUACUGAGCAUUUCGAUGCCCUCCAGAAAGCGGGUGCCGCCCGUCUCGAUCCCUCUCCUGCGCCGCGUGUUCUUUCACUGGCUGAUGCGAUAUCGGCGCCCAGGGCGAGGUUGGAGCAGAGUGGUGUCGAGUUCUUUGACCUGGAUGUUGGCCAAUGUCUAAUUCCGUGCUCCGACGGACUUAUUGCUUCGCUUACUAGCCAUGCCCCCUUUCGCUCCUUGGCUGGGCCCCCUCAUGGCGUGCCUGACCCCGGCAGGUUUGCCAAUUGGGUCCGGGCAGGUUCUGUCGGUCGAUCUCUCGGCCCGCGUGAGAUGUUGACCUUGACGUCGGACGGCUCCUUUUCGCCAGGAUCCGGCGCAGCGGGAUGGGCAGUUGUUCUUAGUGCGAUCUCCAUCGAUGAUUAUCGCGUCCCUGGCUCUUUCGUUGGCUGCAUAUAUGGGCCCCUUUCGCCCUUCGCUGAGGCUAUUGGCAAUGCCUUUGGUGCGCCUGACCCCUACCUUGCCGAGCUGGCGGGCCUUUUUUGGGCGGCAGUCUUGGGAUUCAAGCUUCCCUGUGUCACAGGCCUACUGAUACGGGCCGAUAACAUGAGUGCUUUGCACGGGGCCGAGGGCACUGAGCAGCUUAAAUGUCACCCAUUGGGGCAGGCCGUUGCUAGCUUGCAUGUUGCCCUGCGGCUCCGCCUGCAAGACCGUGUCUGGUAUCAGCAUGUGGCUGGACACAGCGGGGAUUGCAGCAACGAGCUUGCUGACGGUCUCGCUGCGAUAGGCUCAAGGGGUCGUUGCUCUCUGGGUGAUUUUCAGAUUCCUUUGGUUCCUUGGUUUGCCGAGGGAGGGGUUGCCUUUCGAUGGCUGCCACACGUAUGCAUGACACAAAAGAACCCACUCGGGCUCCCACGAUUGGCUGAUGGCCUACUCUCUUGGGGCAUGACACAACCCGCCCCUCAGCUGAGCCCUGAGGCGAUCAUGCAUCCCUUUACAUGCACACUUGAGGCCUCAUGUGCACCUGUUGGGCGCAGCAGCUGCUUGGAGUUCGCCUGUGUUACUUUCAACGCUCUUUCCCUUCUGGAACCCACAGGUGAAGCCCACGACGAGGGAUCCGGCCUGUACGGAGCCGUUGGCCGUGUCGCUAUGCUCGCCCGCUCCCUGCGAGAGAAUGGGGCUUUUCUCGCAGGCAUACAAGAGGCGCGCACUCCAGCGGGAACCUCCCGACGGUCCGACUUUGUCAGAUAUUGCUCGGGGUGCACGGAACGCCGAAGCCACGGUAUAGAAGUCUGGAUAGCGGUCGGGGCACCAUGGCCGCCCCACACUGCCAUAGUGCUGCACGCCUCGCCUACCAGGCUCAUCAUGAGAGUCAACUUCAUGCAGAUCUGCCUCUACAUCAUUGCUGCCCACGGACCGCAUCGAGCCCACACGGCUCAGUUUAGAACGCAGUGGUGGGAGGAGACCACCAAUCUCUGCAGGAGUUUUUGCCAAGAUGGUUUGUGGUUGGGCUUGUUGGAUGCCAACGGCCGCAUCGGGUCCAACGAGAGCGCUCACAUCGGCGGUUGGCACGCCGACGUUGAGGAUGACGGAGGUGAAGCCCUCCAUGGCCUCCUCCGCCAUCUCGAUGCCUGGAUACCCUCCACCAUGGAAAGUUGUGCGUUCGGCCCUAGUGGCACGCUUUUGCAAAAACAAUCCAAGGAGCUUCAGAGAAGCGACUUUGUGCUGCUACCUAUGGCAUGGCGUCAUUGCCAGACGAAGGCUUGGGUGGAGCCUAGUAUUGUCUGUGGACAUGGUGUGCUCGACCAUUUGGCUGCGGUUGCUCGUGUCACGCUGCUCCAAGUCCGCAGCUGUAAGUCCAGUAAGCGUGGCCGCAUCGAUGGGGCUGCCAUACUUGCACCGGAGAACCAAGAGACCAUGCUUCGUAUUCUCGAUGCUGCUCCUAGUAUACCAUGGGAUGCCAACAUCAACGACCACGCGGCUAAGCUAACGGGCUACCUGCAUGAGGAGCUUCUUGCUGCCUUUCCACUCCGUGCUAGACGAAUGAGGCAGUGCUUCCUCUCCGAUGACGCGGGAGAUCUUCAUCGGCUGGUCGCGCACACGAGACAUGCCUUACGCAGCCGCCUCGAAGCGUUAGCCCUUGCUAGGCUGCGCUGUAGCUUCCUUGCUUGGACCUCUGCCUGUGACACUUUCGCCCAGCUCUUCAGGGGCUCUUGGCUUCGUCGGCUGCGUGCGGUUAUUGGCUUCCUGGUUGAGCGUCUCAGCGAAGCAGGCAAGGCCUUGCGCAAACGCUGCCGCGCUGAUAAGCGGGCGUAUUUGGAAUCCCUUGCGGACGAGGUGGAGGUUAGCGGCCCGGGACAGGCUCAUGCUGCUCUCAAGCGGAUGCUUCGCCCCAAAAGAUAUCGUAAGGCUGGGCCGGCUCCCUUGCCUCAACUACGGAAAGGUGACGGCACUUUAUGUGGCUCUCACGAUGAGAUCACGCUCCGCUGGAGGGAGCAUUUCUCCGCCAUGGAAGGGGGCAGGUCCUGCUCUCCUUCGGAGCUGGCUCAGGAGGGCUUGCGCUGGCAGGCAUCAGCUGUGCCUGCCGAAUCUCUUGACCCGCGGGAGAUGCCCGACUUCCUUUCUGUUAUGGAUGCAUUUCGUAGUGUACAUCCUGGCAAGUCGGCUGGGCAGGUGCUUCACAAAUCGCUCCGUGGGCUCGUCAUGCGUGAGGUGAACCAGUCGAUGGGCGCCCUUCAUUUCGGCGGCCAAAAGGGCUCCUCGCAUGUCUUUGGUGCUUUCUGCAGUCGCACUUUUCUUGAGCACGCCAAGCAUCGAGGCUUGUCGUCCGGCAUUCUGUUUUCGGAUCUGAUAUCCGCUUACUACGCCGUCGUCCGGGAGGUGGUAAUGGGCACCGGCCUUACACCUACACCCUUCCCGCAGGUUGUGUCCUCUCUUGGCUUGACACCUGAGGACCUUCAGAUUUUGACGGCAUAUGCAACCGAAGCCCCGAUCUUACAUGACGCUCGAUGCCCCGAGUUGCUCCGGCGCCUUGUUCGCGAGCUGCAUAGCUUUACAUGGUUUGCCUUACAGGGCGACUCUUCCCUCGUCCUGACCACACGUGGAACACGCCCCGGCGGAUGCCUCGCGGACUCGGUGUUUUCGCUUCUGUUUGCGCGGGUGCUACAACGUCGCGGGAACUUUGCCGGCACCGGCUGGCAACCGCGAGUGCCUUGGAGUGGUCAGCGCGAGCUCGUCCUUCUGCCUGAUGCCCGUUCCGCACCCUGUGAGGAGGUGGUGCAGGACCUGGUGUAUGCGGACGACUUGGCGUCCUGCGUGAUAGCUGCCGAGGCUGCUGAGAUCCCCCGCGCUGUCACGCACAUUGCCGGGGUGACGCUAGACUGCCUUGCCAACCAUGGCUUGUCCGCCAACAUCGGUCCUAGGAAAACAGCGGCUAUGCUCUGCCCCACGGGUGUUGGAGCUAAGCGCGUCAGAGACCAGGUCUAUACGCGAAGGCGGGGCUGCCUCACGGUCCUCCGUGAUACUGCCACACCGGUCACACUGGAGGCAGUUGCCACUUACCGGCAUCUUGGGGCUACGAUUUGCUUUAGCGGCUUAAUGCUGCCGGAGAUUCGUGGCAAGCUGGCGUUGGCGCGUGCCGCCUUCAAAGAAGGCCAGGCCAAGGUAUUUUGUGCGCGGCCCAUCUCCCUUCCCAAGAGAGUCACCCUGUUUCGCACACAUGUGUUGUCCGUCCUACUCACGGGCUCGGGUGCUUGGCCUCUCCUGUGCUGUUCCAGUUGGAACUUGUAUGAGCAGGGUCUUUUCGCACUGUAUCGGCGUCUUCUACGCGUUCCCCGCGCAGCUGACCAACGCAUCAGUCGCGCCAGGUCGAGCGACUACGUUUCUUGGGACAGCUUAUGCGUAAUGGGCCUAGGGCAGCAUGGGCCCUGCUCCAGCAUGUCACUGCGGCUUCACACGCCUGCGCUUGCUGCAAAAUUGCUUUUGCGGACUUCCAAUCUUGGUCUGCGCAUGCGGCCAGAUCGCACGGUUACCGGGCACGCUCUCGGAGGUAUGGGAUUGGAGUACGGUGUCAGGCAUGUGGUGCUGUCUUUGCGCAGCAGCGCCGGCUUGUUCGUCACCUCCAGUUCGCCAGUGAGUGUUGCCGCGCUGUGGUGCACGGCUCUCCGGCUCUGCUACCCCCUCUCCUUCUCCCUGAGGGAGGCGCGUCACAUUGGUCCCGACUUCAGCCCUGAGUUACUUGCGCUUCUGAGGGCGAAUGUUGUUGCGAACGAUGAGCACAUCUUUGGUCUAGUUUCCGGGGUCUUUGAGCCUUUCGAACUGCUUGCUAGCACACUCCGAGUUUGGAUCAGUGAACUGCCCGCCGGAAGCAUGAAGGUUCAGGCUGAGGACGUUCUUCUCUGUUGGGACGUGAGCCUCCUCUGCGAUCGUGCCUCUGCGGUCACGCAAGCUGCCGCCGACACCACUGACGCCGUCGACUUCGCCGAUUUCAGGCCUUGUUUCGUCCCCCGGCGACUUGGAUCGGCUUCUCUCCGUGGGGUUGGUUUGCAGGUCGGAGAUUCAGCUGCUAGGACGGGCUGGCCGGGCGCUUUCCCUGCUAUCGACAGUUGGACUAGCGUCGACUUCCACGUGGGUUCUCUGCCUCUGACCUCCUUCCUUGGCUUGGCUAUCACGAUCCCCGGGCCCCCUAUUGUCUCUUCUCCGUUCUGGGAUGUGCCCUCUUGUGCCCUUCGUCAACAGAGGUUACACCGGGCUUGGCUGGAAUCUGCCCUCACUUGGAUUUCCGCGGCCUUUGACUUCUCUGGACUUGGGCGGCCUUGUCAUGUCUCUUUUGAGUUCCCCCGCUCGCGCGGCGGCUAUUUUACUGAGUGGCUGGAGCAUACAGCUAACAUGGCUGACGGCUCUGCGCUCUUUCUCUCGUUUCACCCUGAAUUC